ACUCACCUUGGGUGGAAAGUUGUUUAACAGAUACAAGGGAUCAGUGUUUGGUUUGCUUACCGAUCGAGGUAAUUAAAUUUUGCUGUCUGAAGUCAGGAAUCUGAAAAAGGAUCCCAAUGGCAGAAAACAAUUUUCCUCCACUUCCUCGUUUCAUUCCACUGAAACCUUGCUUUUACCAAGACUUCAAUGAAAUUCCAGAUCAACGACGCACUAUGUGCAAGCGCCUAUACUAUCUCUGGAUCUUAAACAGUGCUACACUGGCAGUAAAUCUAAUUGGCUGCUUGGCGUGGAUGUGUGGUGGAGGCGGAGCCACAAACUUUGGAAUGUCUAUACUGUGGCUCAUUCUUUUUACUCCAUGCUCGUAUGUGUGCUGGUUUCGACCCAUCUACAAAGCCUUUAAGACGGAUAGCUCUUUCAACUUCAUGGCAUUUUUCUUCGUAUUUAUGGCCCAGGUUGUAAUCAGUAUUAUCCAGACAGUGGGCAUCCCUGGCUGGGGAGUUUGUGGGUGGCUGGCUACCAUCACAUUCUUCAGCACUAAUAUUGGCUCUGCUGUGGUCAUGCUGAUACCCACCAUCAUGUUUACAGCUGUGGCUGUACUCUCCUUCAUUGCUCUCACCAAGGUGCACAACUUCUACCGUGGUAGUGGAGGAAGCAUGAGCAAGGCCCAGGAGGAAUGGACGACAGGUGCAUGGAAGAAUCCCCAUGUGCAACAAGCAGCCCAACAGGCCGCAAUGGGGGCAGCUCAGGGGGCAGUGCAGGGACAACAAUACUCUGCCGCCCCCACCUACAACUAUGAUGACCCUAUGUAAUGAGUUUUUAAUGGAAAGCAGGAGGAAACUAGAAGGAAUACAUCAAAUAAUUGACCAAUAUUAUUAUAAACAACUUUUCUCUGGUACAAUAAUGCAU